UCUUAUUGGAGAAUAUCAUGCCUCCCCUCCCCUCCCUCACUUUCUCCACCUUCACACCAAACAAAAACCACUCAACAACUCACCAAUCAUGAAACAUCCCCUGCCCCCAGCAAAACCCACUCUGCAAAAACCCAUUUUUAACCCAUCCUAAUCUUCCAUCCUUUCUUUCUUUAUAUUUAUAGCCCUCUCAUUCUUCUUGAUUUUUUUACCCAUAUAUAUCCACCAUUUCUCAACCCACUUUACCCAAACCAUGACCAAACCUUCUUCUUCUUCUUCUUCUUUUGUUUCCAUUUCAAUUUUGCCAGUUUUGUUCGUAUUCUGUGUCGCCGUUAAUGGAGCCUCUGUUUCAAAACGUCCCGUUGAGGUGACGUCUCUUCUGUCGCUGAAGUCCUCUCUGAAAGACCCUUUAAACACCUUUCAAGAUUGGAACGAUUCAUCCUCUGAUUGGUGCUCUUGGUCCGGGAUUGAAUGUGACAAUGUCACCGGAGUUGUCACCGGCGUUGAUCUCUCCGGCAGGAGUCUCUCCGGCUCCGUUCCCGAUUAUAUCCGGAACUUGGUCCAUCUCCGUCGGUUGAAUUUGAGCGGUAAUGCUCUGGGCGGGGGCUUUCCGCCGGCGAUUUUUCAGCUCCAGGCUCUCCGGUCACUCGACAUUAAUCACAACAACUUCAGCUCCGUAUUUCCCGCCGGCAUUUCAAGACUCCACUCGCUGACUUACUUCGACGCUUUCAGUAACAACUUCACCGGCCCGUUGCCGGAGGACAUCGCCCGACUGCGGAACCUCGAGCACCUCAACCUCGGCGGCAGCUACUUCGACGGGGAAAUCCCGGCGAGUUACGGGAGUUUCCCGAAGCUGAAGUUCCUCUUCCUCGCCGGAAAUCUCCUCACGGGUCCGAUCCCGCCGGAGCUCGGUCUCUUGACCCAACUCCAGCAUUUCCAGCUCGGCUCCAAUCAGUACACCGCCGGGAUCCCGCCGGAAUUCGGGUCACUGUCCAAUUUACUCUAUCUCGACAUCCAAUCUGCAAACCUCUCCGGCACUCUGCCGCCGGAACUAGGAAACCUGAACAAGCUGGAAUACCUCAUCAUUUACAACAACAGUUUCACAGGCCCGAUCCCGCCGGAGCUGGGCAACCUGACAUCCUUAAAAGAACUCGACUUGUCGGACAAUUUCAUCUCCGGUUCCAUUCCGGCGUCCCUAUCAUCUCUGGGGAAUCUCCGGCUGUUGUCUCUGAUGUAUAACGACUUGACGGGAGAGAUUCCGGAGGGGCUUAGUGAGCUCCCGGAGCUUCAACUUUUGAAUCUAUGGUCAAAUUCAUUGUCUGGGAAUUUACCACAGAGGUUUGGCUCAAAUGGGAAGCUACAGAAAUUCGACGUCUCUUCCAAUUCUCUUACCGGUCCAAUUCCACCCCAUCUCUGCCAUGGUAACAGGCUUGAGAAACUGAUCUUGUUCGGGAACCACUUGGCCGGAGAGUUGCCGGAAUCUCUCGUUAGCUGUUCAACUUUAGUUAGGAUCCGAAUUCAAAACAACGACCUGAACGGGUCAUUCCCUCGUGGGUUCGGCUUCUUGAGUAACCUGACACUACUGGAUAUCAGCCGGAACCGGUUCACCGGCCGGAUUCCAGAGGAUUUCGGUAACCCCACCGGGAACCUGGUGAGUUUGAACGUGUCCCAUAAUUCGUUCGGAGGCGCUUUGCCGGGAAAUAUUUGGCAUUCUCGGAGUCUUCAGAUCUUUUCGGCGAGCGAUAAUAAGCUCGCCGGAGAGAUCCCAGAGUUUAAAGGGUGUAAGGAAUUCUCCAACAUUGAGCUUCAAGGAAACAACUUAUCAGGUAGCAUCCCAUGGAGCAUUGAGCAUUGUGAGAAGCUCAUACUUUUGAAUCUUCGCCGGAACUCGCUCUCCGGGAUCAUCCCGUGGGAGAUUUCCGGCCUCCCGAAGAUCGCCGACGUCGACCUGUCAUAUAACUUCCUCUCCGGGUCCAUUCCGUCCAAUUUCGGCAACUGUCGCACGCUCGAGAGCUUCAACGUGUCCUACAAUCGGCUCGAGGGACCCAUCCCGUCUUCCAGUUCACUAUUCACGACCCUUCACCCCUCGUCGUUUUUCGGCAACAAAGGCCUCUGCGGCAAACCGGUUCAAAAACCGUGCCAGAUAUACGGGCCCGCCGCGUCCGACAGUCCAGAUGCUAAAAACCGGCGCGCGGCGGGCCCCGCCGUGUGGCUCGGGGUCGUAGUGUUCGGAAUGUGCUUCUUGAUCGUUCUCGUGGCGGGCACCCGAUGGGCCCGCGCGAGACGCGGAACGAGGGUGUCGGGCCACGGGGACGACGCGGGCCCGUGGAAGCUGACGGCGUUCCGGCGCCUGAAUUUCACGGCGAGCGACGUGUUGGAGUGCGUGGCGAUGAGCGACGAGGUGGUCGGGAUGGGGUCCACGGGGGUCGUGUACAAGGCGGAAAUGCCGGGCGGCGAGACGAUAGCGGUGAAGAAGCUCAUACUAGGAAGGCAAAGGAAGAAGAAGCGGGGCGGGGUUUUGGCGGAGGUGGACGUCUUGGGGAGCGUGAGACACCGAAACAUAGUGCGGUUGCUGGGGUAUUGCACCAGCGGGGAGUGUACAAUGUUGUUAUAUGAAUACAUGCCUAAUGGGAACCUACAUGAUUUACUCCAUUCCAAUAAUAAGGUAAGAGAGAAGAAUGGGGUGGAUUGGAUGACAAGGUACAAGAUAGCAGUAGGGGUAGCACAGGGGAUGAGUUAUUUGCACCAUGACUGCAACCCAGUGAUAGUGCAUAGGGAUUUGAAGCCAAGCAAUAUUCUUCUGGACCCUGAAAUGGAAGCAAGAGUUGCUGAUUUUGGGGUCGCCAAAUUGUUACUCCAAACUCAAGAAUCCUCCUCCUCCCUCAUUGCUGGCUCUUAUGGUUACAUUGCUCCAGAGUAUGCAUAUACGUUACAGUUUGACGAGAAGAGCGACAUAUACAGCUACGGAGUGGUGCUCCUCGAAAUACUCACCGGCAAAAGAUCGGUGGAGAGUGAAUUCGGAGAAGGCAAUAGUGUCGUCGACUGGGUCCGCUCCAAAUUGACGACCACCAGAAAACACGGCGGCACCACCAACAAACAACAACAAAUGGAAGUGUUUGACAAAAACAUUAUGGGCACAAGUACUUGUCCCGAUACGGCGGCGGGAGAGGAGACGAUGAUGCUGUUGCUAAAGGUUGCGCUGUUGUGCACUUGCCGGAAUCCGGCAGACCGGCCGUCGAUGAGGGAUGUUGUGUCUAUGUUGCAGGCAGCCAUGCCUAAGGUUAAUCCUAAGGCGACAGAGGUUGAGAUGAAUGCGAAAAUGGAAGGGGAAAAUGGUAACAACAACAUUAUUAAUAACGGAGCGCCGUUGGUUGCUGGCGGUGUUUGUGAGGAUGACUAUCUCUUUUCUGUUGUCCAAAACAUAACUUUUUAAAGACUAUAUAUAGUUAUUUAUCAUGGAUUACUCUAUUUCUUUGUAGCAAUUUUCUUCUCUUUGAUUUUUCUCUUUUUUGCCUAUAUGAUUUGUAAUAUAUGCUUUUCUACUCUAUAUCUCAUAUCUUUCUUCCACUUUAACUUUUCACGCCAUCACAACUUAAAUGAUAUUAAGGAGUAAUUAAAUUCUACUCUGUAAA